AUGGAAACUACGGUGAAAUCUGUACCGGAAACGGCCGACGGCAAAUCCUCCAGGCUCCAAGACCUGCCUCACGAGGUCCUGUUCCUGAUUCUCUCCUACCUCCCGCAAAGCACAUGGGUCGUCUUGCAGAAUUCAUCGCCUUUCUGGAGGACUUAUAUACACAACAACCCAGCAUUUUGGCGCAAUCUUGAGUACGUCACGACCGCGAAAGCAGCUGGCGCCGUGCCCAUGGCGUUUGGAGCAAAAAAUAAAGAUGUUCAGUAUGUCGAGGAUAAUACGCCGGAGCUAGUGCGCUUGAGAAUUGAGGUCCAUUUCUCCGCGCAGUUCUCUUACGCAGGAGCCAAUAAUCGUGCUCCCGUCAUACUUUUUUCAUUGCCGCGCUUCCUUUCCCUCUACGGCGCAGCCAAGAAAAAUGAUGGCAUCAAGGUCUCCCCGGAGAGGGCCAUGAUGUUACGCUCUGCUCUUAUUGCUAAACCGAUAUUGGAGCCGCAAUUUAAGAUCAAGACGAAUACUCACUGGCCCCAUAUUACCUUGCGCUUGAACAGGUGGGAUCCUGCAGUGUGGGGACCCGGUGACCAUGAGGGUCGGGAUGAUCGUCAAUCUGCAUGGGAGCUCUUAGGAUUUGCGGAAAAACUUGAUAUGUCGCUGGAAACUAUGGAGCCUUUUCUCUGCAGACUAGUCGAUAAGAUGUCGAUAACGCUAAAGUCAACGUCCUUACGGUUUUUUGCUCAGUCUGGUUCACAAGUUACUAUCGAGAACAAACAGCUCCAAUUUGGCCACCAGUUUUUCAAUUUGAAAAAACUCUCCAUCAACGGACCCAGUCGUGAUGCUCCUGGUUUUCGUCACGAGAUUUCUCAGAAUACGCUGGCCCAGGUAUUGAAUGCUAUGCCGAAACUGGAAGAACUCGUGCUAUGUGACUUUUAUGUGACGUCUGAUAAAGAGAGCGGUCAGGGAAAACGGGAAAAGAAGUUGAGUCUUCUCAAACUAAAAUCGCUGGAUAUUUCAGGGUCCAAGUUUGCGUCCGGUUUCCCGUCACUGAGCAGCAAGUGCAAGUCCAUCAAUCUCUCUCGGUCGCCGCAUACUGCAUAUGUGCUUGGUGGAGCAAACAGGGGCGCCCGUACUCUUCAACGAGCAGACGACCUCGAUUUGAGUGAGACUGCCACUCUCACUGAUACGAUGCUUUUGGAAUAUCUGUGCGACCCGGACAAUGAACCAAAGUCGAUCAUGAACAGACAUCUUGCGCUGAGUAAUUGCCCCAAACUUGAGUUUUCGCCCGAAAUGAUUAACCGGAUUACUCGUCACUAUAUGGUGCUCGACUUGAGCGGAAACAAAGCCGUCACGGAUGCUGUUUUAUCCAAAGUUCUCAAGGGAGCCGAAGUGAUUCAAGUGCCUGGUGGCAGAAUGAUCGACGUCCGCAGGACGUCUGUGACCGAACGUGCAUACAAGCGGGCCAUGAAGCAGCCAGCUAAUGUGUUCCUGCUCUGGUAA